AUGUGAGAGACAUAGAUGUGGCUUGCAUGUGGAUGUUCUGCACUGCAGGUUUUGCUGCUGUCUUGUGCUCCGUUCUGUAAGACUUCAUUUCCUCACAGAGUUGGACAGGAAAGCUGGCAGAGAGCUUCAUUUUACCCUGAGGAAAGGGAAGAUCAGGAAAAUGAAUGUGACUCUGCAAAUGAGGUCUAUGCUCUGAAAAGUGAAGAGGUUUCUCUGCUCUCAUCUGAUGACCAUCAAUCCAUGGACACUCCCAACACUUUUGACAGAAAUAUAGUCCUCUUUUCUAUUGGAAGGAACUCGGGUGAUUUCGAUUCUGACCAACAAUCUGGGACGGAAACCGAAAGAAACAAUGUAAGCGAGACCAAAGGAUCUUCCUUAAAGUCGUGCUUGUUCUUCCAGUCUGCACUGCAGGUUUUGCUGCUGUCUUGUGCUUCGUUCUGUAAGACUUCAUUUCCUCACAGAGUUGGACAGGAAAGCUGGCCGAGAGCUUCAUUUUACCUUGAGGAAAGGGAAGAUCAGGAAAAUGAAUGUGACUCUGCAAAUGAGGUCUAUGCUCUGAAAAGUGAAGAGGUUUCUCUGCUCUCAUCUGAUGACCAUCAAUCCAUGGACACUCCCAACACUUUUGAAGGAAAUAUAGUCCUCUUUUCUAUUGGAAGGAACUCGGGUGAUUUCGAUUCUGACCAACAAUCUGGGACGGAAACCGAAAGAAACAAUUCUGCACUGCAGGUUUUGCUGCUGUCUUGUGCUCCGUUCUGUAAGACUUCAUUUUUUCACAGAGGGCAACACGUUGCUCUCACUUCCUACUUUAUUCUGAGUGUCUAUAUGACUGACAGCCCUGAGCAGCCAAUCAGAAAGCGCAACUGA